AAAUGUAGAGAGAGUUCUGAACAAAGUAACGCUUUCUAAGGUUGCAUAUUAGAAGCGGAAUGAAAGACAACUUAGCACCUAAGAUGUGAAAUUGAAUGUGGAUACCGUUACAGUCUGGAUUCCUUUGGCAGCAUGUGACCUCCAGCAUCUGGCUUCUUUCACCCACUGAAGAGAAAUUUAGUCAUCGCUCAGUGUCACAGUAGGUGUGACUCACAGGGCAAGAGAGGAGCUGAGGACUCCUCACACACACAGUACUCAGAGUUCCACGGAAGCUGGGGAGCCUCCACCGCUGAGCAUCAGGGUGGCUGGGGUGGCACAACACUUCCUUCCCGUGCACAGCAGGAAGACUGCCAGCGGCCAGCAGGGCCACCAGCAGCUUCUGCGUCUCACUCCAUCUUUAAAAAGGAUACCAUCUUCUUUUACUGCACGAGAUAGGAGUGUCCUGUCACAUAUAGGAAAAAAAAAAAUGCUCUUUUGGGUGUUAGCCCUCCUAAUCCUCUGUGGUUUUCUGUGGACUUAUAAAGGACAACUAAAGAUUACAGACGUCACUGAUAAAUACGUCUUUAUCACUGGGUGUGACACUGGCUUUGGAAACUUGGCAGCCAGGACUUUUGAUAAAAAAGGAUUUCGUGUGAUAGCUGCCUGUCUGACCGAAGCCGGAUCAACAGCUUUAAAGGCAGAAACCUCAGAGAGACUCCACACAGUGCUUCUGGAUAUAACCGAUGCAGAGAAGGUCAAGAGGACCGCCCAGUGGGUGAAGGACCAAGUUGGGGAAAAAGGUCUCUGGGGGCUGAUCAAUAAUGCUGGUGUUCUUGGGGUGCUAGCGCCCACCGACUGGCUGACAGUGGAGGACUACAGAGAACCUAUUGAAGUGAACCUGUUUGGACUCAUCAGUGUGACAUUAAAUAUGCUUCCCUUGGUCAAAAAAGCUCGAGGGAGGGUUAUCAAUGUCUCCAGUAUUGGGGGUCGGCUUGCAUUUGCUGGAGGAGGCUAUACCCCAUCCAAAUAUGCAGUGGAAGGCUUCAAUGACAGCUUAAGACGGGACAUGAAAGCUUUUGGUGUGCACGUCUCAUGCAUCGAACCAGGAUUGUUCAAAACAGAAUUGUCAGAUCCAGUAAAGACAACUGAAAAAAAACUCGCCAUUUGGAAGCAUCUGUCUCCAGACAUUAAACAGCAAUAUGGAGAAGAUUACAUUGAAAAAAGUCUAGACAAACUGAAAGGCACUACAUCCUUUGUGAACAUGGACCUCUCUCUGGUGGUAGAGUGCAUGGACCAUGCUCUGACAAGUGUCUUCCCUAAGACUCGUUAUGCUGCUGGAAAAGAUGCCAAGACUUUCUGGAUACCUCUGUCUCACAUGCCAGCAGUUUUGCAAGACUUUUUAUUGUUGAAACAGAAAGUCGAGCUGGCUAAUCCGAAGGCAGUGUGAUUCAUCUGACCACAAAUGCUUUCCUUGGGCUAUAAAAUUGGCCGAUUUCAAGAACACGUCUCCUUUCAAUCUCAUUCCUUACCUAAUCCAACCUGGACUCAUUUAGACCAUUCUUCUUUUGAUUAAAGAAGGGGGUCUGAUCAUCACCGGUGAUGUCCCAGGGUCCCUUCUCAAAUAUUCUUUGGAAGGAAGAGCCAGGAUGAACAAUAUCCUAUCGGCAAGUCCUGCCCACUAUUUAGGUUUUGCCUGCUUGAUAUAAUGUAAAGGAAAUUGAAAGAUUUCCUCAUCCCAAAUUAUCUUCUCCAUUGCCUGCCUCUUGCUUAUAGUCCCCAGUAUUUAAAGUACUCCUGGAUGUU